AUGUCGCGACUCGCGGUCCAGGGCACCCGCUCACUUCAGCUUUGUCGACAAUCCCUCAACCACCACAUUCCCAGCCAGCCUUUCCGGCGCGGACCAGCCGCAAUUCAAUGUUUCUCGAAAUUGGGGCAGAGACAGGCCCUCGCAAGCAGGAUAUGGCAGCCCUCGCAGCCGAGGUGCUAUGCGACAGCAACGGUAUCCGCCCCAUCCGGAACUGGUGCGGAAACUGCCACCGCGACGACGCAGAACAAGGCCGUGCCGGAUCUUACGAAGCUCUCUACCGUCGUUGAGCAAACAAGGAAUCGGUUUCUCUCGGCUGGGGGUAUCCCUGCGGGCCAGCUAACGCUCGUGGCGCUCAGGACGUGCCAGACCGCCGCCAGUGCCAUCAAGCCUCACCUCAACAGAAAGGACAUGAAGCCCCCGCCGAGCGCGAGCUCGACGCUCCUGGCCCUCGACAACAACGGAUCCAAGACAAAGCCGCCGCAAAAGGAAUCAACGCGCAUACAAGACACGGCAAGCAGGAUAUCCAAUGCAGCCUACGAGAUCGUCACGAGCGCCAACGUCGUGCUCACACCCGAGAUCCUCGAGCUCUACGUCGACAUCCAGUCCAGCCUGGGACGGCCCAGCACCAUUCCCGACGUCUUCUCGCUCUUUGGCUCAAAGUCGUUGCCAGUCAAAUCCGGUGACGCCGUCGUCUACAAGAAGCAGAAUCCCAAGCGAUCGGCUGCCGCCAUCGAGCCCGACCUCGCGGCCAAGGCUCUCGACGCCGCCGUGGCCGCCAAAGACCUCGACGCGGCGAUCGGCAUCGUCGAAACCUGUUACACUGGCAGCCCUUUCGUCAAGCAGAAGCUGAUGCGAACCAUGUCGUUGCCCGCGCUUGUCGUUCUCCCCACUCCGUUCGCGGUCUACGCCAUCUCGUCACAGUUUGCCCAUCUCCACUACAACAUCGAUCCGGUCACGAUGACCAAGGUUACGUUCGCGCUUGGCAUGGCCUACGUCGUCUUCACCAGCUCCCUAGGACUCAUCGCUAAGGCGACGGUCAUGGACCAGAUGGUGCGGGUGACUUGGGCGCCUGGUAUCCCUCUUCGGGAGCGCUGGAUGCGAGAAGAGGAGCGUGCGGCGCUCGAUAAGAUUGCGAUGGCCUGGGGCUUCAAGGAGACUUGGAGGCAUGGAGAGGAGGGCGGUGUAGAGUGGGCGUGUCUGAGGGAAUAUAUUGGGCAAAAGGGAAUGGUGUUGGACAGGAUCGACUUUAUGGAGGGCAUGAACUAA